GAAGUGAAAACCCAACGCAGUGAAUCGUUGGUUGCCUUGCCUUCUUCCUCCUCCUCAGCUUUCCCCAAACCCCAGCUCGGAAAAGAAAAAAGAAAAAAGCUUUCCCAAACCCCAACCGCACUCCAUUCGCCGACCGAUCAGUCCAACAAUGUCGAAGAGACAUCGGACGGCGGCUUCAGACCCGUGGGACGACGACCAGGACAUGCCGCCGCAGAAGGCGCCCCCGGGGAUCCACAGGUCGGUCUACCUGGAAUGGCGCGCCGGGGCGGCCGGGCGCCUCCGCGACGUCCGCGACAACCUCCGCCUCCUCGCCCGCCGCCGCCGCCGCCCGCUUCCCAGGAGGCCGGCCUCCGCGCCCUCGGCCUCCUGGACUUCGUCCGCCUGCGCCCCGACGACGCGCCCCCGCGCCGCGACCUCGUGGCCGCGCUCGUCGCCAACUACAAGCAGUUCUACGAGUGGAGCUACGCGCGCGGCGCCUUCGUCAAGGUCAGCCUCGACGCCUUCGCCGACGCGCUCCGCCUCCCGCCUCCGACGGAGGGCCCACCCGACGCCGCCGCCGCCGCGCCCCCCGGGCUGGCCUCCGCCGCGGAGUGGUUCAUCGAGGCGUACAUCCUGAAGCCGCUACGCGCGCGCGCCGCCGCGGAGGGACGGCCGCGCAGGCUGCCCAGCGAUGUGGACCUGGCGCUGUACAGGGCGAAGUUCGGGAUGGUGCAUAAGGUGGACUGGAGCCGCCUCAUCUGGGACCUCGCCGAGAAGGAGAUGGUCGACCUGAGCAAGGGGAGAAGGCCCGACUGGACAUGCCACUAUGCCGCCUACCUGCAGAGGCUCAUCUGGGUGGACAAUCCGGGCCUCUUCCAGCCGGCAUUGCCAUUGCUCGGCCUCGGUGGGGAUCAAAAUCUCCCUUCAGAGCUCCAGUCCAAGAUGCAGGAGGUCGAAGCGAGAUCCAAGCUGCUCGACGCGAGAUCCAAGCUGCUGGACACCAGAGCCGAGCACCUUGAAUCCAAGUCCAAGGAACUGGAAGAACGGGCACUCGCAAGCAAGACACUAACAGAGUUAGAGCUGCUCAACCGGAAUCUGCUCGCCGAGAAAGAAGCAAUCAACAGUGAGCUGGUAGGAGUGCAGGAGGAGCUGGGAGAAGCAAGGAAGCAGCUAAUGCAGCUAGAUGAUAGCAUGGAAUCAAUGAAAUCGUUGAGUAAGGCUCUGUUUUCUAGGGAAAGAAAGAGCAAUGCUCGGUUGCUAAAUGCUCGGUGGGCUCUGGUUACCAAGGAAAUCAAGGGCAACGGUGACUUAAAAAGCCAUCAGGAAGAGCUAGCCGAGCUGCAGGAUGGGAUGCAAGGACUGAAAUCCCUCAACCAGGUUCUGUGUUCUAGGGAAAGAGAAAGCAAUGUUCAGUUGCUAGAUACUCGGUGGGCUCUGGUUACCAAGGAAAUCAAGGGCAACGGUGACUUAAAAAACCUCCGGGAAGAGCUAGCCGAGCUGCGCGAUGGGAUGCAAGGACUGGAAUCCCUCAACCAGGUCCUGGUCACUAAGAACCUAAUAGACAACGACAAACUGCAAGCGGCUCGGAAAGAGUUGAUCGAUGGCUUGAUGGUGGCCACAAAUGGCAGGGCAAACAUAGGCCUGAAGAGGAUGGGGGAGCUCGAUCCAAAAGCGGUUGCAAAUGCUUGCCGACCGAGAUUGUCACAAAAGAAAACUCUUAUUCUCUGUUCCAAGUGGGAGGCUGAAAUCAGAAACGCAGGUUGGCACCCUUUUAAGGUCAUCAUGGUUGACGAUCAGCCCAUGGAAAUUUUCUUGGACGAUGAUGACAAGCUUGUGGAGCUAAAACAAGAAUAUGGUGACCAAAUGUUCGCCUUGGUAAAACAGGCGCUGAUUGAAAGGAACAAGUACAACCCCAGUGGUGGCUAUCCUGAAACGUUGCUGUGGAACUUCAAGCACAGUCGGGAGGCAACAAUGGAAGAAGCCGUCCAAUUCAUUGUAAAAAAGUGUUGCGCAAACAAGAGGAAGCGUUGAGCCCAUAUAUCUAGGAGCUGGGGGUACAUGCUAGGGUUUGCCGCCUUUCUUUGGAAAACCCAUGGAUAUGCACUGUGAAGUAGGCAUAAUUUAAAAUGCCUUUCAUUGAGAAAAGAAAAGAAAAAAGUAGACCUAAUGUAAAGUGCUAUCAGAUUAGAUGUAGGUAGUUGCUCUUAAUAUCGUGCAACUAGAUUAACCAUGAAGUAGACAAACCUCCAUCUGACUCUGGGGGUUGCAGAUUUGCAUGACAGCAAUGUGCUACUCUUUCAUUGACGUACUCUGUAAACUAAUAUAAGAGCGUUUAGAUCACUAGGGAGUAUAUGGUAGUUUGAGCAAGUGUACAAACCCUUUAAAUAUGUGCAAUAAGGAUAUUGCAAGACUGUCGGAAGUCAAUUGAAGUUGACCUUAACUACAGCAAAGCAUAUAACCGACUAGGAUACGUUUAUUUCAUCAUAAGGAAUUUUAGUGAUGUGCUGUUCCUGUUACAGGAUGCUAUGCAGAUACUACAUAAACUUCUCAGGUAGUAAAUGGUAGUGCUUGGGGGUGGUGCUGUUUUAAAUUUGAAGUCCCACAAGUUCAAUUCUUACUUCAAUAUGGUUCUGGAUAUUUAUGUAAGCACCUUUAUUUUUUGGCAACAGCCCAAAUGCAGGCACCAACUCAUUGUACCUGUUGUUAACUGGAAUGCGAUUUUACUUCUUUCUUAGUAGCCAAGUUUUUUUUAUUAAGGUAUAAAACAGCAAACUGAUAUUUGUGCCAUUUUGAAUAGCAGUAGGAAUUUCUGCGUAUGAUUUGCUUGCAACUGCUGGAUGGAAAAGAAACCAUCAUUAGUUCAUCUAUAUAUGAUAUGCAUGGGAAACCAGUUUAUGCAGGAAGAUAGUGCGAAUUGCCUGACAUUUUGUAUUUGAGUGUGCAGGUGUUGUGCUGCCGUUCAUUGUUGAACUGGCCGAUGGUCGCUCAUCCGUCUUCAACUGCUGCUUACUCGGUUUGUCGUGAAACAAUGCGCAUUCAGGAAUUGAAGCCGGAAAAGAAGAUGCAGGGCCGUUCCUAGAUGCUCCCAUCCAUAACCCAAAUCCUCCAGAUGCCUCAUCAGUAUCAAGAGAUUGUGACGCCGAUAUUGAUCUCGCAUGUGUGGUUCUAACACGAGAAAUUAUGUUUCUAGAUCAUAAUGUGUGGAUGAAGGUCUACGAUGGUGGACUGGUUUUGCAGGAAAUUGGACGCUUGGAGGCCAUGGCGUGGCACUGUGAGCCUUUAUGUGCAAGUGCAAAAGAUCUGGUAGAUGGCCUGUGCCGACUAGGCAUUUUCCUUUCCUUUGAGAAAAACGAUGACCAUGCACACAAUGUGAGGCACCGUUGUGAAUAACAGAACAUGAAGGAAUCUAGAAUUUGC